GCGAGGCUAUUCGAUCAUGACAGAUUCAUAGAAAUAAACUCCAAGUGAAGCGGUAUUUGGCAAGUGAUACCAUUUUCGACUGUUGUCAUGAACUUCGUUUUGAAGCAAGUACUUAAGCUCGACAUUUCAUGCAUAUUAGCUCCAAGAAUAAACUCUGGUUUGCAAAAAAACUUUUAUACGUUAGCAGUACAUGGCAAUUUUAGAAAUAUCAAGCUUAGACAGUUUCCAAAUGUGAAAAUCAAUCGAAAGUACGGGAAAGGAAAGUAUGAAAAGCUCUGGGCUGCUGCAACUGGAGGCCGGGGCGUAGGUAGAGGAAGAAAGAGAAGAAUCGACAUAGCCGCCAAUCCAGAAAAUCUCUCUUUUGGAAAAGCUAAAGUUGUUUGGCCCGGGCUGACCAAGCCAAUCAAGCUUGGAUUACCGGACAGGAAAGACAAGGAAGAAUUUGAAAAAUCUGAUGACCGAGAGCCUCGUGGGUUCGGACGAUCUUUGCUUGCACAUCAAAGUUCACGGGGAUGGAGUGGCCGUUCGUGGCCUGGAAGACACGUUGGGCCACCACAAAAUGACCAUGGAGAAAUACUGGAUGGCUUUGAUUCAAUUGUCAUAGAGGUAAAGCGGACUGCAGUUCAAAAGACUCUAGGAAAGAAAAGAACAGUGAGUGCUGUUGUUGUCACCGGAAAUAAAAAUGGGGCUGUUGGUUGGGCAAUAGGAAAGGCACAAACCGCAACAGCUGCAAUAAGAAAGGCCCGAAACAAAGCUUCCAAUUACCUUCAUGCCAUUCCUGUCUGUGACAAUCAUACAAUUUUCCACGAUUUAUGGACGCAGCAUGAAGCAACAAAAAUAUUUUUCGAGCGCAGGCCACCAGGCUAUGGCUUAAGAUGUCAAAGAAUAAUUAAAGCAAUCGCAGAAUUAGCUGGAAUCAAAGACAUGAGAUGCAAACUAAUUGGGUCGAAUACACCGCAGAGGAUUGUUAGAGCUACUUUCCAAGGCUUGGAGUGCCAAGAAACACAUCAGGAGCUAGCAGAGAGAACAGGGAAGAACGUCAUUGAGUACAGACCAGAAAUGGGGAUGCGGCCUACUGUUGUUGCCGCUGCAAGCCUAAAAGCUAUCGAGGCAAGAAUGAAACAAGAAACUUCAGUGUCUGACGACAUUGCCAAAUACUUUGACCCAACGAAGGGUCUUCAUAAGGCUAAACUAACACGUAAAAUUUGAAAUUUUGUUGUCUUUCAAUGUGCUGCUUUGUGAAUAGAGAUUAUAUUGCUUGAUCGGUUGACCUGAGGACCGUAAUUCGGAUCCAAUUAGAAUCUUGUUCCUAUUUUUGUUACUACUGUGAAGCUACUUUUCGAUUCUUUUCAAAUCAAACAUUUUAAAGGGGAAUGUUUCGCCUGACCUGGUCAGAAACUGAAAAUGCUUUGUCUUUAAUAAUGUAAAAUGUAAACAUUAUAGACAGUGAUCUACGUCAGUAAUAGUGGUUAUCUUUGAGUUUAAAUGUUAUUUUUCAUAGAAGUAAACAGGUUGCUAAAGAGAAAAGUCAAUUGACCUUUAGGGAGCGUCCUCGAAGAACAAUAUCUUUCUAAGACAUAUAAUGAAUUUUUUUGCCCAAAUCAUUUGUUUCCAAUUUAUUUUAUUUUCGCUUACGCUUUAUUCUAGUAAAGUUUUGCUUUUGCAGAAAUAGAUUUUAAUGUUUCAAUGGAGUUAAGUAACGUGUCCUCUUCUGAGUAGAGACCUUUCAAGUAAUCCUAUCCCCAAAGGCUCUCUCUCUACCAGUAUCAUCGAUGUGAGUGUAUAAUGAAGUACAGUUCGAGAAUUAUUUUGCUUUAGAAUAAAAACGUUGACAACGUUUUAUCAUUUUAUAACAUUAACAAGAAAAUGACUAGGCUACUAGAUGAUUCGAGUGGCUGGUUUAAACUUUUACCAGAAUUGCUUUUAGCUAACGCCUGUUGAAAAUGGUUAAAUUUAUUUAAUUAUCAUUGCAGAACUUCGUGUGUGUAG